GGAGUACGUCCGGAUAGCUAGCAACCGUUUCUGUGCCCUUCAAUUAACGCUGUAUCUGGCCGACUGGCCAACCGAAAGUUGGCCACCCGCCUGGCCAUAAUGCGUUCCCUAACGGUCGGUCGAAUGAAACUUGGCGUUAAUUAUAGUGAAGGAGAUGUAGUUAUACGGCUUGUGGCCUCCAUGUCGAUACCUGCGUAAUCCUCUGGCUUCCAUGGAUAGCCUCCGUGAGGCUGUGGCGGUGCUGCAAAUACGGCCGCCGCAGCGCACGUCAGUCGACUUACAGCGUCUUGCUACCUUCUUAAGGAGACAGCCAUUCUUCGCUGGCGUGGACUUUACUACGCUGCUGCAAAUAUGUACAGUAAUAACCCUCCACCGCGCUGCUCCCGGGGAGGUGGUACUGCAUGCGGAGGAGGUCACGGACAGACUCUACCUUCUCCUGGGCGGUCGCUGUUCCGUAUCUCGUCACUCGCGGCGGGAGGGCUUCCAGCCGCCCGCGCCGCAGCCGCUGCUGCCGGGUCAGGCGGUGUGCGAGGCGGCGCUGGUGGUUUCGGGGCGCGCCUCGGACAUCACCGUCACGGUUACUGGGGAAGGUGGUGAUGCGCGGGAGGGCGGUGGCGAGGAGGGCGAGGGCGCGGUGCUGGCGGUGCUGACCAGGACGGCUUGGAGCGACAUGUGCGCAAGGGCGCCCAUUCAGCCGGUGUGCGGCCUUGCUCGCACCGCGCUGCUGUGCUGCUGCGCCCGCUCGUUGGCCGCCAGCAGCCCCCCCGGCAAGCGCACCAUGGAGCAGGCGGACGACCUGGAGGCGCUGUUCAAGCGGCUGCCGGGCCUGGGUCGCACCCCUGCCCCCGUGCUGCGUGCCAUGUCUGAGGCGGCGGCGCUGCACCGGCUGCCCCCGGGCACCAUCCUCUUCGAGCAGCACACCCGCAGCAACUCGCAGUACGUGGUGUUGGCAGGGGAGGUGCAGGUACGGCACCGGCAGCAGAGCAGGGAGUGGCGGGCAGCCGUGGCGGCGCUGCAGCAGGGCGCAGGCGCGGGCGGCGCAGCAGAGUCGGCGCAUGGCAGCUGGAAGGCGGGGGCGAAAGGGGCUGCGGCGGCGGGGACGAAAGCGGGUGUGGCGGCGGGAGGGAAAGGAGGUGGUGCGGCGGGUGCAGCGAAAGGCAGCGCAGCGGCGGGAAUGAGAGGGAGUGCCGCGGCGAAAGGUAGUGCGGCGGCGGCGGUGGCAGCCGAAGGCGACAGCGGCACUGCGUCCGAGGCUAGCAGUGUGGAGAAAGGCAGGGAGAGGAGCGUGUCGGUGCGGGAGAAAAUUGAGGAAGAACGCAAAGCUCGAGUGGCCAUCAAGGAGUCCCUGGCGCUCACCCGCGACAAGAUCCGCGAGCAACCCCUGGAGCCGCCCACGCCGGCCCCCACCCUGGAGCCGCAAUUGCACCCCUGGCUCAACGCGUUCUACGACAGGACCGCACGCAAAGGCUCCUCCUCCGGCGCACCCACCGCGGCUUCCACCGCCUCCGCCGGCCCUGCCUCCGCCGCCCCUACCUCCCCAGGCAGCACUACUGCCGCACUCCCCACCAAGCCCUCUCCGCCCCCAACCUCCCUCCUAACCGCAUCCCCCGCAGCCCCCGGUGCACUGAACAACUGGCGACGAGCCGUCUUCAAAGCCUCCCACCAAGGAUACACCUCGGAGGCCGCCGCCUCCGCCGGUGCCGCUGCUGCUGCCGGUGUAGCUGCAACGCAAAGCUACGGGCUGGUAGGGGGCAUCGGCACCAUCUCCCCGACCGCCUCACUGGCGCCUGCCGUGAUCAACUUCAACCUAGGGGCUGGGUUGGGGCUGGGGCUGGGGUCGCGUCCAGCCGGUGGUGGGAUUGGGGGCUUGAGGCUGGGAAUGAACGUGGCGCAGCAUCUCAACAUGGGCCAGGGAAGGAUGCUGGGGCAGGGGAUGGCUCGCAAGGAGGCGCAGGAGGGGGGCGAGCGAGCGGCGGAGGAGGCGGAUCCGCUGCUGCAGGAGUACCUGCGGAAGAAGAAGGAGGAGGCGGGCCACGUGUCAGACAUGGGCACGCUGCUGGGCGGCAAGGGCGCCCGCAGCGCCUACCUGCGCGCCAUCCAAGACGCGCGCGGGCGGUCGCAGGGGCUGAUGUACGAGGAGGUGGACGAGGAGGCGCACCUGGCGGCACACCACCUGGAGCUGCAGGGAGCCAGCAGGGAUUGCACGUCCGAGCUCCUGACCGAGCAGGAUGCAGGCGAGCCAGGCAGCCAAGAGGUCAUGGGGGCGCCUGGGAAUGCCGUACAUCUGGGGGGCGGCAGCAACGUUGACAGUGCCGUACAGGAAACAGCUGUACGGCGGCAGGCGGCAGGACAUGGCGGCGGGCGCCGUACAUCGGUGGUCCGGCUGAUGUACCUGGACCCCAACUUCCACCUGGCUGAGACAUCCGUCAGGAUCCAUGACGCGGUGGAAAAGCUAGCUCGCCUGGACGAGCAAGCGGAGGUCACCCGGGGGGGUGUCGACUCCGACGUGGAAGGCGCCAUUGAGCCCUCCAUCCUCAACACCGGCAGCGACAUCGACGCCCCCGGCCACCAUUGCAUACAAGGCCAGGAUGGGAAGGAGGCCUCAAGCCAGGCUGACAAACAGGACCCUGGAUCCCCCAGGGCGCUCGCAAUCGAUGGGCAUUCUUUGCAGGAGCCUGGGGAGGCGUCUGAGGCGGAUCUGGAGCGGUUGUACGGCAGCGUAACGGAUGUCGUACAGGCGGGGCAAGUGGCGGGGGAGUUGCCAGAGUCGGCGCUGGCCCGGGCUGCGGGUAUGGGCGGCGGUGCGACGGCGGCAAGAGGAGCGGCGGCACGGCUUCGGCGGACUGUCACCGCCGUCGCAGCAGGUCCCUCCGGCGCCGACGUGUUGGUUGUUGCGCUGUCGGCGCUCCGUCGGGGUCACGCCGCGGUUCGCGACGACAUGAUCAGCGAGCGCCUGGCCGCCCUGACCGCCCUGGAGCCGCUGCGGGGUCUCAGCGACGAGCACCAGACGCAGGUGGCGCUGGGCUGCAAGCUGCUGUGCCUGGACGCGAACCAACUCAUUGUACGGCAAGGGCAGCAGGUGGAGGCCAUGUACGUGGUCAUGGAUGGCGAAGUGCGACUUCUAGACGACCCGGACUGUAACGCCGCCACCCCAGCCGCAGCGGUGUCCUGUUCUGGCAACGCCGGCGGCAGCCCAACCGGCCCAGCCGCCGGCAACACGCUUAGCAUGGUCAGCUUCCGCAGCAUGUCCCUGGAUCGCCCCGCGCUGACCGCGGCAGCUGCUGGCGGCGGCGGCAGCAGUGGUGGCGGCAGCAGUAGCAGCAGCUGUGGCGGCGGAAUUGCUGGGGGGAGUUCGGGGGCUCGUCGCGGGGUGGCCUCACUGCCUGCACUAUCUUUACUUGGGCCCGGUGGCUCGUUUGGAGAAAGCGUGCUGGGGUAUCCGGAGGAUGUGGCGGCGGCGGCGGCGGCAGCAGAGGAGCAGGAGCCUGAUGAGGAAGAAACGGAGGAGAACCAAGAGGAAGGCGACGGCGGUUACGCUCUCGGCGUCAAUCGCACGCAGUAUGGUAGCAAGGGCCGCCAAGUGGGCCGCAGCAGCCCCUCUCGCGGUCCCUCCCUGCCGCCGCCCUGCCGGCAUGUGGCGAGUGCGGUGACCUCGCGACCCUGCAAGGUGCUGAUACUGCCCAGGAUGCUCCUGGCCAGCUUCGAGUACCUGUGCGGCUCGCUGCCGACCUUCGCUGCCCUGCGGCGUGAAACCGUGAUGGGUCGACGGCAGCAGCUGAAAAACAGCCUGCAGCAACAGGCCAACAACACCCCCGGCAUGGGACCCGCUUACAGUCCGCCGGGGCUGGGGGCCCCGCCAGCCAUGACCCUGGCGACGUCGGUGUCCGCGCCCCCAGCGCAGCCGGGAUCUCGUAAUGGUACGGGGGCGGGAGAGUCUGCACAUGGUGGGAGUGGCGGCGGCGGCGGCGGCGCAGGCGGUGGGGGACUGAAUCGCUGUCCUAGCAUGCCGCUGCCGCGGCCACCACCGCCACGACCGGUUGAGUUUCUGGAGCAAGUCGGGAUCAAGACUGUCAGCAACCCCCGCACGGCAGCCCUUCUCGGCAACGCGGCCCCGAGCGGCGCCGGAAGCUGCAGCCCUCGGGAACGCAGACUCAGUGGCGCCUGCGCUGUCACCUCCCACCUUCCCGCCGCCUACACGGGGCUAGCUAGCGCGCCCGUCCCUGGAGCCGAGCGUGUGAGGCGCGUGGGCAUGUUGGGUGGCUACAGCGCCCCCAACCUGCUUCCCAGCGGCGGCAGGUCGCAUACGUUGCGGCAGCUUCUGGAAGACAGCGAGCAACUUGACGACGAUCCGGAGGAUCAAGACACUGGGGAGGCGGGCCCAGGCGACUCGCCGCCUCCCCACUCGGUGGGGAUCCUGCCACAUGGCGACGACAUGACGGGACCGCACGAGGAGGCAGACCUCCCGACCUACGAACGCGAUGACUUGGACCCACCGCCUUAUGCUCCGACAGACGAGUACUGGAAUGGCGUCGGCAUGGUCGGCGCGAUGGGCGGGGCUGGCACCGGGGGCGGUGCCGGCGCCGUGGCAGCGGUGUCUGUGGCCGCAGUGCCGCCUCGGUCGCGCAUGCAGCGUGUGUCGACCGGAGGCAAUGACGGCAGUGGCGGCAUUGCUGGCGGGAUGGGCGGUCUGGGCUACGGCGGCCGAACGGUGCAUGGCGGGGCAGCGCAGAGGGGCGCCAACUGGACCAAUCGCAAGAGCUUGCCAGACCUUCCCUCCAUCAACAACAACGCCGCCAUCAUCGGAGCAGCAGCCGGCGUCAGCGACCCCGGCAGUCCAGCCCUCCUCAGCGGCGUCUCUCCCGUCGGCACCUACGCGGCCGCCAGCGCCAGCGCCGCCGGCGCCACCAGCAGCAGCAACGCCCCAUUCAUGACCCGCAUUGGUAGCUUGGAGCGGCGCAACCACAGCCCCUUCCGACCGCCGCCGCUCCUAAGCAUCCGCUCUUUUGGACACGAAGACGGACCCAUGCCUGGCGGAGGUGCCGUCGUCAUUGGCGGCGGCGGUGACAACGACCCCAGCGGUGUCGUCAAUGUGUCUCCACAGUCUGCGCCCGUGUACAGCCAGCCGGCUACGCCGCCUAGCGCCGUCGCUGCCACCACUUCUGCCAUUCCCACCAGUCGCAGCGGCGGCAGCGGCGGCUUCGUGCCGCUCCCUGCACUGCCGUCCGCUGCCGCGAGCAGCAGCGGCGUCGCCAGUCCCCUCACGCGGCGGAUGCUGGGCGGUACCAGCCUCAACGGCACCGCUGGCGGUCUAGCAGCACGCAUCAGCGGUUACGGUGGUGGUGUGGGGGCGUCGCAGCCGUCUUCAGCGACGGCCUCCGCUCCCAACUCGGGUACGCUUUCCCGCGUGCGUGCCAGUUACGCCGGCGGCAAUGUAGCGAGUUAUACCGGGUACGGUAAUGGCAGCAGCGGCGUCGGCGGCGGUGGCGGCGGCUUCAGCAGUGAGGGGCCUUCGGCUUGGGAGAGUGGCGCGGCGGCCACCGCCACCGCGGCUGGCGGAGGCAGCGGCUGGGUAGGCGCCGGCGGCGGCGGCGCCACUGGCAACAAUAUUGGAUCUCCUUCGCCUCGUACUCGUCGUACGUCAUUCGCACAAAGCGUUAAUCCUGGACAACCAAUGGGAGAGUACAUCCUGUACAGCGGAUCUGGGUCGCAGCGGUCUUUGCUCGGCAUGAGUACGACAAGCGGCAUGGUCGCAGGCGACGGCGACGCUGGCGGCGGCGGCGCCGCUGCUAGCAUGUUGCAGCCACGGACGAGCUGGGAUGGUAUUGCAGCUCGUAACCAAGCAGCCCGCAGCGGUGUGGGUGCAACUGUGGCGGCUCAGUCCGCGUCUCAAGUAAUGUCGUACCCGCGGACGCCGGAAGCGUACCGAUAGGUGUUGACUUGAAACGGGCCUACAGGCCGCUCCACGACUUGGUAAAGACUUAAAGCAUAUCUCCAAUCGGACAGCCGGUAAAUUUUGGAGUUCUGAGGAGAUUGCAGCAUUGCGAUAAGUCUGCUGGCAGAAUCUUGUUGUACGACACGCCGCAUGAAAAGCUGUUGUUGACGGUGUUUGUUUGAAGGAGGGCGCGCGCCUUAGUGCCGCUGAAAAUAUGCGGGCCUUGGAUGGUGCCAGAGGACUGUGACGGUCAUGCACUGACGUCUUGACACACCGCAUGCCCCUUAACGGCGAGCAAGGAAGCAUCCCUAGAGGUUGGAUUGUUGUUGUGGUGAUGUGUUGUCCGGUCCCGUUGCAAUGUCGGGUUGAUGUUUUUAAUGACGAAGCCAGUGCACGUGUACUGAGCAUUUGGGUUGGACGCAUUCGCGUCGCGUUGCAAGGUUCGGUGUACCUCCGUUGGCGUGGGUCAAUUGGGACACGUAUUCAUGUAUUACCCCACACCGAUGCCAACUGGCGUUAGGUGGGUGACUGAACACGUGUCGUACUGCGUGUGUUGCAACUAUGUAUCUUCACUGAUCUGGGUCGGCGUUGUUAAGCGUUCCUUUGGAUGGUUUGUGACCUAGGGCCAUAUGCCGCUGCCUUGCUGGACUCUUGGACUUGAUCCCUUGCUUGGUUAUCGUGACAUGUCAGAUCUUGGCAGGACGUUUGUCAUGUGCACAAAGUUGGACCUGCUGUGCCACUCCAUGCCAGCCUUUGUUUGACGCUCGUUGGAACCUGGCAGUCGUAGUGGCCCAUGGGUCGUGCCCGGUUGUAUCCAAAACCAAGGGCCGUGAUCUUCAGGGCCUUUGGAAUGGGCGUUGAACGUACCCUAACGCUCCCUUCUCGUUUUGUUGUAUUGCUUGCUGAUAAUUUUGACUGCACGAUGCUGUGAUUGUGACGCUGUUCUAACUGUCUUUCGACACACAACAUCACCCGGGACGACGUGUUUACUGGCAUUGUGUGGGUUUCGGUUCCAGAUUGCUCCACGUUGCUGCGCCGAUCCUUCUUCGGCCUCUGUGGCUGGUCACAAAAGCGCUGUUUCAAGAUACUGUCGUAGCGUGUGUCGAAACUGUAUGCGCCUUCGCAGUUACUUGUACAUUGUCUUCCUGGCGAUUCAGCACCUGCAGUGGUGAGAAAUACAGGGUUGGCUGUUGCGUGUCGUUACCUUCUUCGCUUGCCCGUUUGCAUUGGGCCCCGCACGCACGCCGCCUUAAGUUAUGCCAUGACUUAGUUUGGGCUUUCGCUACUGCAAUAGUCCUGUGAGCUUUACAAGAGACAUAUGGUGAUGAUGCAGGAUGGUGAAAUGCAUGUGCGGGUCAGGCGCAGGAUGUUGGUAUUUUUGCAGGGACUGCUGGGCUUCCUAAAAUGCAUGGGCUGUGUGCUAGGGAUGGCCAACACUGGCAGCGUGCUUCAAGUUAUUUGUUAACUGUGCGGUACGGCAAAUCGAGUACGAGGCGGACUUGCAAGUACCGGUAUCACCUUGUAUUCCAUGUAUCGUGGUAUCUAUGGAAGUUUCACGCGGCUUGCUACGCACAGGAGUCUUGCCAUACCGGGGGCCGUCCCAGUAACUGUGUGGCCUCUAGCGUCGGCCUUGCAAGAUGUAACAGGAGGUAACCUAUCUUCGAGUGAUCUCUUGCAUUUGGGACAACCGCCCAACAUAACGUGCCGCUUGGUUCAACGGGAUUACGAGUGGGACGCUAGAAGGGUUUGCAAUCCUAAGGAGUAGAAUGGCAGCGAAGUCUGGUACAAGACGAAUGUGUGUCACGGUAUCAUCGUUUUACUUGUCACUGUGGCUGCUUUACGACACGAGGCCCAGCUAGGCUGCUGACCUGGCUGAGUAAGGAAACUACUUUCAUGCAACACGUGCCAUGCAGAGAACGCGCACGGGAGGUGCCCUCCCCUCGCAAGGAGGGGAGGAAGGAAAGCGUUUUACAUCUUGCAAGUAUCCAGUAAACUAACAGCAGCUAUGUAAACGAC